AUGGCUUCGCUUCGGCCGUGGAACGCGCCUUUGCGCCUCGCUGCGAGGUCGUUCCCCACUGCUGUGCGGACGACGACUGUGCGACACAGUUCGUCCAGCAGCUCAACCUCUGCCAUCGCCUACAAGGCUCUGCGCCGUCGCUCGGCUCCUCUGCCCACCACCGACACUCCUCCGGCUUGGUCGGCCCAAGCCGCCGUCUCCAACAUUCUCUAUGAGACGCCUACUCCCUCCAUGGCGCCCCCGAAGCGUCACAUCCUCAACUGUCUGGUCCAGAACGAGCCGGGUGUGCUCUCUCGCCUCUCUGGUAUUCUCGCUGCCCGAGGCUUCAACAUUGACUCCCUGGUUGUGUGCAGCACCGAGGUGGAGGAUCUGUCUCGCAUGACCAUUGUCUUGACUGGCCAGGACGGCGUUGUCGAGCAGGCCAGAAGACAGUUGGAAGACCUGGUGCCUGUCUGGGCUGUGCUAGAUUACAGCAACGCAGCUCUGGUCCAACGCGAACUCCUUCUUGCCAAGGUCAACAUUCUCGGACCCGAGUAUUUCGAGGAGCUGCUCGCUCACCACCGCGAAAUCAGCAGCGGCGAGCAUGAGGGCGAGCCUGUCAACGAGUUUGAGCGAACUCUCGAAGAGUCAGCCAAGGACUUCCACCCUAGCAAGCUUGCUGCCAGUGAGGCUCUUCGCCACAAGCACGAGCACUUGAAGACUAUCACCUACUUCACCCACCAAUUCGGAGGCAAGGUGCUGGAUAUUAGCACUACCAGCUGCAUUGUUGAAGUCUCCGCUAAGCAGUCGAGAAUCGACUCAUUCUUGAAGCUGGUUUCUCCCUUUGGAAUUCUGGAAUCUGCCCGUACUGGUCUCAUGGCCCUACCCAGAUCACCCCUUGCCAAGCACACUGAGGAGCCUAUGAUCAAAGAUGCCGACGAGGUUGUCGAUGCUAGCCAGCUUCCUCCUGGCUAA